AGGCGUACUGCGCUUCUCUGCCUCCCCGAGGCUGUAGUGCCUCCUCCACCUUAUGCGCCCUUCGCAAUUGCUGCUGCUGCCGCCGCUCCAGGACUUCUAUAUAAGUGUUAAAGCGGCCGCUUGCUGAAGAUGAACGCGUCUUGGCUUCGCAGUCCCACCAAAGCUCUGUCGUCAAGCUCACUUGCAAGAAGGUAGCUGUGACCGGAACGUAGAACUGCAGAGCUCAGCAAUAGCAGUUGCAUGCUGUUGUCAUGAGUUGCUCGGACGUGGUGAGGCAUCAGGCGCAGGCGACGUGUCGCCCGCCCCAGGUGAAAUUGCCCGCAGCAUCUGCCGUGCGUUCCACGGUUCCUUGUCCGUUCUCCACACCAGCGUUCACGUCGAGCCAACAGAGUAAGGUAGUUGUAUACAGCAAGAUGCAAGAAGCUCUCGAAGUGACACUUUCUAAUAAGCAAGAGGAAGAUGAGAAAGAUCAGCCUACUGAAAUGGAAUACCUUAAUUCUCGCUGCGUCCUUUUCACUUACUUUCAGGGAGACAUUGGCUCAGUAGUGGAUGAACACUUCUCAAGAGCUUUAAAUCAAGCUAACAACUUUAGUUCAGAGGCUAUUCUUUCAAAAAGCAAAACAGAAAUAAAUCCACUACGGAGAGAGAACACAAUUGCAAGCCAAAGGAGUGGUUUCCCAGCUUCAUUUUGGACCAGUUAUCAACCCCCACCUCCACCCUCCUUAAAUGGAGUUCAUCAUGAUUUUCCGGUUACUAUACCAAGCACCUUUUCAGUAGCAGAUCCUAACAGCUGGCCAGGACAUACGUUGCAUCAGACUGCUCCACCUCCUCCAUCUAACAUGCCAGAGUCUUGGCAUUAUCCAUUAGCAUCUCAGGUGAACUCUUCAUAUGGACAUACGCAUGAUGUGUACAUGCACCACCACCAUCCCCAUGUACACAUGCAUCAUCACCAUCAUCCAACUUCACACCUUGACCCACGGUACAGACCUUUGCCAAUGCCUUCAGUUUGUGCAGGCAAGAUUCCUCCACCACAGUGUGAUGCAACAAAGACAGAUCCUACUACUGUCAGCUGUGCUACCUCAGCUUGGGCAGGAGCCUUUCAUGGAACAGUUGAUAUUGUGCCAACAUUUGGUUUUGAAACAGCAGGUACCCAAAAUCAGGACAAAAGUAAGGACACAUCAUGGUUUUGAAGUACAAAAGGAACUUCUAAAGAAUCAGUAUUAAGAGUUCCCAUCCUUGCAAAAGGGGUCUCUCUGUCUCUCUCUGUCUCUCUCUCUUUGCAUCUUCACAGCAGUAGUAGACAUUCUGCUAAGCAGAUGCUGAGCCAACAAGAUAGAAUUGUGUGACUGAUCCUUUAUACCCUGCUGCCCAUUUCUCAAUCCCAGGAUUGUUGAGUAAAAAUGAGAAGAAAAGCCAAGAGGUAUCCAUCAUCCAUCAUUUGUCACCUGAACCUUCCACAGCAUUUCUGCAUUCCAUCUUUUUACACCUUUAAAUAAGCAUUUGGCUUGGUUGUACGUUGGCUUCUAAUAUUAAUGCACAAUCAGGAGAUGAUCUAGCUGAAACUAAUAGUUAACUUUCAGGAAUGCAUCUUUGGUAGCUAUUUGUGAAUCACUUUUUGUAGAAAUGCAGAAAGUUUACAUAAAUAUUUACAGGCUAUUUUAGAACAAAUUAUUUUUUUUAAAAAAGUUAAAUAAUUUUAAAGUUCUGUUUAAAGAACUGGCUUGCAGAGGUGCACUGUCAAAUGUUUAAAAUGCAUAGUUUUAGUUCUUUAUGCAAUUUCAUUGUUCAUUGCUCAAUAACUUGUCAUUUUUCACUGUUAGCAAUAUAGGUUCAGUCCUACAUAGAUAACAGUAUCACAGGUUCUUGAAUGUGUUUUACUUUCUUCUUAAACAAUCAUUCAUAUGUAAAAUAGUUUUCAUAGCUGUAUCACUGAAAACACAAGUAUAAGCUUUGCUGCUUUUAAUGACAACUUUGAAUUGGACAACUGGUUUGAAAAUGUAACAGGAUGCAGAAUUCCUUUGCAAUUAGGACUUUGAAAGUUCUAAUUGCAAAGGAAGCUUGAUUCUUAAGUUUACACUGACAUUAGCUCUAUGUCUUGCUGUUGAGCACAAAAUACCUGAUGCUAACCUAAUUCCUUUCAACUUCAACCUAGAUUAAAACACCUAGUUGGGUGCUUUAGAAACCACUUUAUACAGUAUUUGUAUGUGUCUCACUUUUUUCCCUUAUUGUAAACUGUUUGGAAAUUUCCUGCUCAUACCAUCCUUAAGCAAUCUAUGUAGCAUGUACAGUAGACUGGAAAGUACUAUAUGAUACUGCAAAGAGAUUUUGUACAAGUACAGUUACAUAGAUUUAAGCAAAACUCAUCCUAGAGAAAAUCUAGCUACAAUGGUUGACACUGACUUAAAGGGACAUAUUUAAUCACUCAAUCAACUCUUUUAACUUUUGUUCUGUGAGCUGCUUAGUUGAGCAUGGAAAAAAGACAUUCAUUGACAAUUUCAGUAAAUGUCAGGGAAGGUAACAACGAUAAAUAUGGUAAGUUUACCAUCAAAAUAUUAAACACCAAUAUGUUGUGAAACUUAUUAAAAAUGUGGUUUGGUUUGUCCAAAGUUAUAUUUUAACUAAUUAGGAAUAUUUCUAAUGGGAAUCAGAAAAUGGGCUGUAUUUCAAGAGGCAAAUGCAAGGGAAAAUGUCUUUUGUGAUCUAGAUUAGGCCUUCUGUUUGUGGAAGCUUUAUAUAUUUACAGAAUGCUCACUACUAUUAAAUACUGGA